AUGGAUCCACAAGAUAUGCAAAAUCCUCCGCCACCACCAAAUGUGCCAACACCAAUUAUGUCGACUUUGGGUGAUUACCAGAAUCGUAUGAAUGAUUUACUGUUUGGUGUGAGUUUUUAAUGGGGCAAGGCGGGAGAGGGAAAGCCGGAUAAAUUGGAAGGAAAAUGGGGUGAAACUAGGAAAAAUGUACUUUGAAAGUUAGAGCAUCUUGGAGAUUGGUUUUGAGAUGAGAAAUCUUGGAUUAGAAACCUUGAAGCCAAUUUUUAAGCUUAGGAAAUCAUAUUGUAUCUUGGCUGAAACUUAUUUCUGUAAAAAAUCAAAUAUCAGAAAAUGCUUAUCGUGAGAGAGUAAAAACAAAAACAUUUGAAAAUUUCAAAACUUAUUAAAAAUAUUAAUUUUCAUGUCAGUCUGAAAAUUUUUCAUGAAAACUAAAAAUAGGCCUUUUGGGUGAAGAAUUUUGUUGAUUAAAAAGGUUUUGUGAGAUUUCCGAGCCAUUUGAUUUUCCAAGAGCCCAGAGUUCCCAAGUUGGCCGAAAUUUCUACCCAAGAACGACUUUUCCCAAGUCAAAAUUCCAUUAAAAUCAACCAAAUUCUCAUCGAUAUUCAAGGUUUUACGUAAAAUAAUAUUUGCUUCUAAAGUACAAAAUUGUGACGUCAAAACCCGGAUAUCAAUCAAUCAGAUGACUGUAAAAAAUAUUGAUUACUAGGAGACUUUUUAGGGGGUGCAUGCAAAUCAUUUCUUAUCAAUUUGAUAAGCGAUAAUUCAUUACCGCAACUAAAAUCAGAGCACCGUGUCUUUUUUGUUGAAAAAUUGAAAAAAAUGACGGAACCCCAACGAUCUCGCGCAUUCUCCCAUUCCUCUCAAGCUCCUCUAUUUUUCGGAGUUGAUAAUAUUUUUUUCGCUGCUAUUAUUAGUAUUGGAUGGAUGGCUUCUUAUACAUCAACAUUUAUUAUGAGAAAUUGCUUUGAUAUUUUUCAAACGUUUACAAUUUCGAAUUUUUUGGGGAUUAUUGAGAUUAAUGGGUUGUCACCGUUGAAUCGAUUCAUGGUAAUUUUCAGUUUGUCUUUUGAUCGAUCAAAGUUUUGAGUUGAAAAACAUAUUAUUUGUUUUUCGAAUUUAAAGUAGAAAAGUAGAAAAUAAUGAAUGAUAGUGAUUGAUAUUCCUUUUUUGAUUUGAUGUUUUCAUUUUUACAGAAUCGACCGUCGUAUAGUCAAGACAAUCAACGAAAUUCACAAGGUAUGAUUUCACAAGGGGAUUUUUUCAAGAAACAAAAAUUUAGAAUAUUUAAAAAUUUGAAAUCUUCAAGAAAUUUUUGUCACUUUAGGCAAUGAUUUUUUUCAGGGCGGAUGUUUUUUAGUCAAAAACAUCUAGAAAGAUCUUCAGAAUUUCAAGUUAUUUUUAAGUCAAAAAUUUUAUCAGACAUCACGUUUUCCCAUUGUUUCACAAUCUAUCAGAAAAGUGAAAAUUCCAAAAAUACAUUUUUUUUUGAACUGAUUAUUUUAAUCCGUUGCAAAAAAAAUGUUCACUCUCAAUUUUUUUCUCAAUCUUAUCAAUAAAUGUACAAAAUAUGUAAAUAAAUAAAUAAAAACAAAAUAUUGCAGCACAUGAUAAUUCUGGACAACAAGCAGAACAAAGUGAAGAAAAUAAUGAGAACAACAACAAUCCACAAGAUCCAUGUAAGUUCGGGAAUAAUUAAUGAAUUUCCAAUAAAAAAUGUUUGCAGUGCGUGGCUAUGAACAAAUGCGAAUGCGACUAGAUAUUGUGAGAGAAGGACAAACGGUGAGCCAGCAAGAAAAAUGAAGAAAAUUCAAUAAAGAAAACGAACUUUUUUGCAGUAUAUUCAAGUGGUCAACUUUUUUCAAAAUAUAUUCCUAUUUCUCUGCUUAUUUGCUAUCAAACUAAUGGCGGAUCAUAUUUUAGAUAUCACAGUUUUAGUUAUCCUAUCUAUACAUUUUCUUCAAGCUGAUCAUCAUGUACAAAAAAUUGCAUCUGGAGGUAAGAUUUUCUAUGAAAACUGUGAUGAAUAAAUGCAUUUUUUUCCAGGAAUGCCUGACAAAUUCCUACAAUUGGGUUAUACUUCAAUGCACUUUAUCAGUCUUUGCUUAAUUGUCUAUUUUUAUGAUAUUGAAGAUUUUUCGAUGGCAAAUGUAUUUGGAUUGAAUAUUGGGUAUUUCAUUUCAACUGAUUUCACUUCUGUUGGCUUGUUAUCAACUGCUUAUGGUGUUAUUGUGAUUGACCUAAUUUUCAAGUUGAUUACUAUUAUGCCAAAAUUAAUUGUGAGUGAGCUUUUUGGGAUUUUGAAAAAUUUUAAUUUGAGCAUAGUAUUUUUAAGACAAGUAUUCAGUGUUUUUUAUUCAAAUUUCUAGAGCUCAGAACUCAGCUCCAAGGUUCUCUGGGAGAACAAUAAAGUUUUGUUUUUCAAUCGAAAUUCCAAUUAAAUUUAAUAUUUUUGGAAAGUGCAUUGAAAAAUGAAAAAAAACUAAUUAUUUUUGAGGAAAUUAGAAAAACGAAAACAAUUAUUUUUGGAUUUGCUCAAUUUUUUUCAAAAUCAGAAAAAACACAAAAUGGGGCUCAAAUUUUAUAAAUUAAAAAUUCAGAGAAAAAUGAACUUUAAGAAAAAAUAUGAAUAAAGAGUUAUUCAAUUGGAAAAUCAAUUCAAGCGCCUUCGCUCAAAAUAAAUUAUAAGCAGCUGAAAAGUCAAAUUUUUUGCAGAUUGUGAUAAGCCCUGAUUCGGCAAUCGGAGCACCACAAAAGCGGAGACUAUUACAAUUUAUCGAAUAUUGCUCACAACUUUAUCGAUGCGCAUUAACAUUUGGACCGUGGUUCAGAUAUUUUUUGUAUAGCAGCUUGAGGACGGUGUUUUAUGCUACAUUAGCUGUCACCUAUUUGGGCUUGAAGGUUGGUUUUUUUCUCAAAUAUUUUGUAGACAUGUCACUUUCCUGAGACUUUAGAUAAUUUCAGUAAGAUUUUCAGAGUUAGAAAAUAAGGAAUCUCGCUGUUUUCGGCCUUCAACAAAGCCUGAGCUUUUUUCGAAAACUUGAUUUUCUAAAAAAAAUCCCCACAAACCCCUUAUUUUCCAAACACAAUAAUCUCGUAAAAAUAAAAGAAAAUUGUUUUGUUUUUGAGAAUAAUUAUCAGAAAAACCACGAAAAGAGCAAAAUUGACUCAUGUUUGCUCUUUUCGUGAUUUCAAAAAUUGAAUUUUAGACACAUGUUCAAGGUAGUAUAACCGAUAAUAAAAUUAAAAAAAAAACAUAACUCAAUUUUUAGUACUACAGUACUCUAGUAGAAUCGCUACUUACAAAAUAUCACAAUAAAAUAAUUGUUAAUUUUUUUGCAGUUCCAAGAAGUACUACAGUACUCAAUCUCAGUGCGUAAAACAUUACGAUAUCUCUUCUCUGAAAGCUCCUUCGGACACACACCAAAAAAAUGGGAAUACGACGGACAAAUUUGCACAGUAUGUCAUGAAGAAAUGACCCAACCGAUCAGACUCGAAUGCAAUCAUAUCUUCUGCAAAGUGUGCAUUGAAACGUGGUUGGAUCGAAACACAACAUGUCCAAUGUGUCGUGCUGUUGUUACCAAGGAUAUGGAUAAUGAUUGGAAAAAUGGUGCAACUAGUCGAGCUCUCCGCUUUUUCUAA